GUUUCCUAUUCCACCCAUGCUAUUCAAACUCUUUGAUUCUUCCAAAACUUUUGAUUGUUAAACAAUGAUUUCUGACAAAAGGUUCAACUGUUGUUGUGUUGUGUUGUAUUGUGUUGUGUAGGGUACUAAGUCAAAGGCAACACUUUUCAAAUUCACAAAGGCCUCAAGAUGGCAAGUAAGAAUCCAAAUGAAACUGUAAUGGAGAUUAAAACAAUGUUGGAGGAGGGACAACCUCACUUUACAGAGAAAUGCUGCAUCUACAGGGUGCCCCAUAACAUCCGCAAGUUUAAUAAAGAUGCAUACACUCCAGAGGUCGUUUCAAUUGGUCCUUUUCACCAUGGAAAUGAAAAACUGCUAAAGAUGGAGUAUCAUAAAAGAUUAUAUUGCAGACAAUUCAUUGAAAGAUCCGAGACGAAGAACUUGGAAAGUUUUGUGAGUUGCGUGCAAGAGCUGGAGGCAGAGGUUCGUGGUUGUUACUCAGAUGACAUCAAGCUUUGUAAGGAAAAGCAUGUUAUGGUGAUCUUGGUGGACUGCUGCUUCAUAUUAGAGUUUUUACUGAGGAUCCAUUUCAAGCAGUUGCAGGAUGCCAUUUUUCUGUCACCAUGGUUAUGGGGCUUUAUAUCAUUAGAUUUGUUGUUGAUUGAGAAUCAAGUCCCUUUCUUUGUUCUUGACAAGCUUUACAAUCUAGCUUUUCCUUCUACCUUGAAUAGUAACCAUCCUUCAUUAUUAAGUCUCACUCUUCUUGUGGUUCCUAAUAAUACCAUUCCUCCAGGUUAUAAUAAUGAGCUAACUUUAUCUAGUGUUGGUAGAAUAGCUCAUUUCACAGAUCUAAUAAGAAAGCUUCUAUUAAGAUCCUCUCAGUUUUUCCAACCAUCAGCCUCUGGACGCGCAAGAGGAAAAAAGAUAACCCAAAUUUAUGAAAGAGCCUAUUAUAGUGCAACUAAGUUGAAUGAAGCUGGAGUGAAGUUUGAGGUAAACAAAAAUGAUAAAUGCUUACUAGACUUGGAAAUUUCAGGCUGUACUUUGAGAAUCCCAUUUAUUAGUGUGGAUGACUGGACUGAAGUUAUUUUGAGAAAUUUGUUAGCUUUCGAACAAUGUCACUGUAUCUAUGAAUCCUACCUCACAGACUAUAUCAUCUUCUUUGAUUUUCUUAUCAAUGCAGACAAAGAUGUAGAUUUCCUUAUUAAGAAAAAAAUAAUUGUGAAUUGGUUAGGUGAUAGCAAUGCAGUGGCCAAAAUGUUCAAUGGUCUUGGAGUGAACCUUUUGUAUCCAGAUUUUAAUGUGCAAUAUUCCCGUAUUUUUGAUGAGUUGAAUGCUUUCUGUGCACGCCCUUGGAACAAAAAUGUUGCGACUUUGAGGCGCGAUUACUGCAACACUCCAUGGAAGACUGUAGCUUCUAUUGCUGGAAUUUUUCUUCUUAUUCUCACUGUUAUUCAAACAGUAUUUUCUAUCCUCCAUUGAAAACACUAGUACUAGAUUAAUGUUUGUGUUGUGUAGUGUGGAUUGGAUGAUUAUAUGUUUAAUUCCCGAUAUGGUGUGGUAGUUUUAAUAUCUUUGUAUUUUCUAAGAAUUGAAGUGUUUAUUAUGAACAUGUGGCCACUUUGUUAUGUAAUUAUUGAAGGCCACUGCAUAUGGCAUAUUCCUU